AUGAUCGAGCCUAGUCUCCAAGUGAAGCGCGUCGACCAUGUCUACAAUAUAGCAUCCCGCGUAUGGACAUACGAGGACACCAAAGCGCAGACUGAGCCCCAGGUCCUACGUGGCGGUAAGAUGGCAGACGGCUCCGACGCCUGGCGGUCGUACUGCUUCGUGGUCGUCCGCCAGAUCCCUAUGCAGCAAGUCGCGGGGGCAGAGCCUACGGUGUCGAUCGCGGUCAAGAGUCCGUACCUGGUAACGGCGUGCAAGAACGUCAUUGGGGAGGUCCCAACGAUAUCCUGGACGGUCAAUCCUGUGAAGGGGAAAUCGGAUCGCUCGAGCGAGGAAGCACACAUCCUCGACAGUCUCCGAGUCCUCGUGGACUACAUUCAUGAAGAGCACCAGGUCACCAUCUCUGAGAUUGACAACCUCCUUGCACACGGCGAGAUCUCGUAUGAUCUCAUCUACGCCAUCCUCAUUCCUGGAACAAUAGUCCUCACCACGGACAAGGCAACGGGAGAGCCACGCGCUCUUAAGCUCGCCCACUGCUUAAAAGGGCCGAUGGCUUAUACGCUGAGUUGCACAGGCAUUGACGCCCAGGACAACUGGCAGUCCCCAGGGAACAACGCAGGUAUACCGUCGAUGCGGGCUACAUGCGCGCCGAGGGUCGGUGAGGUCCCGCAAACGCUGAACUUGGUGGGUUUCCAAGGCGUCGUGAAGAUCAACCAGCUACCUGUAUACCCUAUACAAUAUCACAGCGAUGAGGCGAAGCUGAAGAAGGCGCUCCUUGCUCGGGCGCGCAAGUGGAUGGCCCUCAAUGGUGUGCACCACGUGCAUUACCAGGGUACCGCUGUGGCCGCGACGAAUUCUCCUAUUGGGGAGACGUACAUCAACUACGAGGUUGACUCCCGAGUCAUGAUUGACAGAGACACGUUCAAGCAUCACAACGCAAACUACGCAGUACCUUCACCUCCGCACCCAACCCAACCCGUCUAUAAGAUGCCACCGGACAACUGGAUCCCGCACAUGAAUAGUGACGGCCGGAUAGAGCUUCCACCACCGUCGAAGCCCUUGACGCCCGAGGCGACCAUGGGCAUAUCGUCAGACGACGACCUCAUCCUCGCCUCGCCGGUGCUGUACAGCUUCAGUUUGUCUGACGAGUUGUGGUUGGAGUUCAAUGUCGAGAAGGUCCGCCCGAUUGUGUGGUCCGAUGAACCCUUCACGAACCUCGUCCUCCCGGGAAACCGGAGAGACUUCUUGCGCUCCCUCGUCGAGGCUCACAACUCCGACCUUGACUUCGACGACUUUGUGCAUGGGAAGGGACAGGGCCUCGUCAUCAACCUCUUCGGUCCCCCCGGAGUCGGAAAGACGUUGUCUGCGGAGGCAACAAGCGAGCACCUCAAGCGCCCGCUCUAUAUACUCGGUGGAGGAGAUCUCGGAGGGGACGCAAAUGCUGUCGACACUACUUUGAAGCGUGCCUUCAGUAUUGCUGCCAGCUGGAGUGCGAUCGUGCUCAUAGAUGAGGCCGAUGUGUUCUUGGAGCGGCGCUCUAUGCAUGACCUCGCGCGUAACGCCAUGGUCGCUGUUUUCCUACGGCACGUUGAAUAUUAUCGCGGGAUUCUGUUCCUCACCACGAACAGAGUCAAGGUGUUCGACCCGGCCUUCCUCUCUCGUAUCCACGUCGCUCUCCGCUUCCGGGAGCUGAGCAAGGAGGCGAAGCUACAGAUUUGGCAGGCUUUCCUGCACAAAGUCAACACGGGCGACCUCACCGACGACGAAUUAGACGAAUUGGUUAAUCGAGAAGUCAAUGGACGUCAAAUCAAGAAUGCCACUAGGACGGCAAUGUCUCUGGCGAAGAGUCGCGGGGAGAAGUUCGGGUAUAAGCACCUUGCGGAGACUCUUGAUGCGAUGGAGGAGUCUGCUAAAAACUUUGUAACCGAGUCCUAGACGGAGUCCAGAAUGAGGCUCGGGCUUCCGAGUUCUGCACAUUGGAUACUUCGCGCUUCAUGACAUUUACUCAGACUGUCUAUCGUUAGUCUAUCAAUGCUUGCUCGGCGAAA